AUGAUCAAAGCGGAGUCUGUUUUGUCUUUACGUCAGUUCUGUUGCUAUUUUGUCAAUGUUCUCUCUCUCUCUCUCUCUCUCUCUGUCUCUUUAUCACGCACAUUUUCUGUAUCUGGCCUCAGAUACAGUCGCCACUUGCCUCGGCUGUCUCGGAAGAUGGGCAGUCGAGGGGACGACCGCAAGUGUCUUCGAGAGUUGGGACGUCUGGUCGUCUGGCCUGACUUCUUCUUCGGCCAGUUGACCUGCCUCAUUCUCUCGUUCUUGCCAGCGUGUCGGUUCGCAUUCUCUCGUCUCCCGUUCUCUCCCCUGUUCCGUUGUCGGUCUCAGUCUGUACCUUUUGCUCUCCGAGAACUGGGCACAACUAGGCUCAUCGGUCUGUCAUGCACAAAAGACUGCAUUCCACUCGCCUCUUCACACAACAUGAAACCUACUCCAAGAUGGAAUUGUGUUACUGAGGCAGAUAAACACUUAAUCUUGUACCAUUUCUCGUAUGCCCAUUCAACCACCGGUUCACAGGAGACUGUUUGUCCCAUACCAUAUUUUGCCGGUGCAUUUUUCCACUGCCUAAGCCUCAUCUGUUGA